AUGGCCCCAACACCUCGAUCCAUCACCGACGCCCUCCCCCUCCCAAACUCCCCCACGAGCCCUCGCAUGCCCCAGCUCGGCUUCGGGACCUACCUCUCCCCGCCGGACCUGACCCUCAAGUCCUGCCUCACGGCCCUUCAGGCAGGCUACCGCCACAUUGACACGGCGCAGUACUACCAGAACGAGGCAGAGGUAGGCGAGGCAAUCCGGCAGUCGGGCCUGGCGCGCGGGGACGUCUUCGUCACCACCAAGGUCCUAACCCCGGGGGACGGGCCCCAAGCCACCUACACAGCGUGCCUCGAGAGCGUCGAGAAGAUCGGCGGCAGCGGCGGCUACGUCGACUGCUUCCUGAUCCACUCGCCGAACGUCGGCGAGGCCAAGAGGAAGGAUAUGUGGCUCGCGCUCGAGAAGCUGCACCGCGAGGGCAGGGCGAGGGCCAUCGGCACGAGUAACUUUGGGAGGGGCCAGAUCGAGGGGCUCAGGGGCGUAGGGGAGGUCUGGCCGCCGCAUGUGAACCAGAUCGAGCUGCACCCUUGGCACCAGCAGCGCGAGAUCGUACAGUACUGCAGUGACAACGGCAUCGUCUUGCAGGCCUACUGCCCCAUCGUCAGGAACCAGAAAGCAGACGACCGGACCCUCGUGGGAAUCGCGGAGAAGCACGGCGUCACGCCCAACCAGGUCCUCAUCCGGUGGAGCCUGCAGAAGGGCUGGGUCUCGCUGCCCAAGAGCGACAACCCCGACCGGAUACGCUUGAACUGCGACGUCUUUGGCUUCGACCUGAGCGCGGACGACGGGAGGCUGCUAGACGGGCUGGACCAGGGCGCCGCGGGUGGGCUUGUGCAGACUGUCAAUAAUGAUUGA